AUGUCUUCUACUACUACUGUACAAGAAAAUCCAGUUGAUGAUGUACAAACACCUCAGGAAUUAGUUGAAAAUGUAGUUCAACAAAUGCAAUCAAAUUUUGAUGAAUUAUCAGCAAGCUUAUUUUCCAAAAUGGAUAAUAUGGGAUCAAGAAUAGAUACACUUGAAAAAUCGCUUGGAGAAUUGAUGGAACAAAUGAAUAAAUGA